AUGGAUGAAACAUGGUGGUGCAGACAACGGUCACUCUGGGAUCAGGAAUGGAACAGUAUUGUCUUUAGUGACGAGUCUCGAUUUUGUUUAGGCAUGCACGAUGGUCGUGCCAGGGUUAGAAGGCGACGUGGUGAAAGCAGGAACCCACAGUUUUUUGUUGAAAGACAUGUUCAUCACACUGUUGGAGUUAUGGUUUGGGGUGCUAUAGCUUAUGGGUCCAGGUCACCUUUAAUCUUCAUCAGAGGUAACAUGAACGCGAAGCGUUAUAUCCACGAAGUUCUAGAACCCCAUCUUUUACCCUAUCUAGACACCCUGGCAGAUCCAACUUUCCAACAAGAUAAUGCCCGACCACAUGUUGCAAGAGUCACAAUAGACUUCUUUCAAUAUAAUGAUGUCACAUUGUUACCAUGGCCACCAAGAUCUCCCGACUUAUCCCCAAUUGAGCACGUGUUCGAUAUGAUGGGUAGGAGAUUGCUCAAUUUGCAACGUCCUCCUCAGACUCUAGAAGCACUUCGAGAGGAGUUGGUGGUUGCCUGGAAUGAGAUACCACAGGAGGACAUUGACCGCCUGAUCAGAAGCAUGCCUAGGCGCGUUGGAGAAUGCGUAGCACAUCAGGGUGCAUCCACACAUUAUUAA